ACAGCCUUUAAGAAAAAUAAAAAAAUUUCCUUUUUUCCCCCUAAUUUUUCCUAGGUUCCAAACAGACCCUAAAAAAAUUGUGACGGGGACAGAGCUCUCAUAGAUACCACCGUCGUAUCGGAUUUUGUCUUCGUCGCGACGCCGUCGUUUACGUUCGAAUCCAUCUAGCCAACUCUCUCCCUCAACGGUAGCCGGCAUACCGAAGUGGGUUGUGGUCCGAUGUGGGCUGCUCUGAGGUCUCGAGCUCUUUCUCUCUCAUCCACUCGGCAAUGGAAGCUAGGGUUUCCAGGGCUCAACCGCACCUUGUGCUCCUCCCUCGUCGAUAACAACGACGACGCCGUCGCCGUCGACAGAGGGCUGCUGAAGUUGGACGAGGUCCAGAAGAUUCUCACCGACGUCAAGGCGGACAACAUCAGCGUCGUCCCCGUCGGGAACCAGUGCGAGUGGACCGAUUUCAUGGUGUUCGCCACCGGCCGGUCCGCUUGGCACGUUCGGAACAUCGCUCAAGCCCUAAUUUACAAGGUUAAGCAAAAGCAAAGAGGGGCCGAGAGGAUGUUACUUCCCAGUAUAGAAGGAGAAAAGGAGGGGAAGUGGAUCGUUAUCGACUCUGGCACAAUUAUUGUUCAUGCUUUUGAUGAGAAAGCUAGAGCUUAUUACAAUCUGGAGAGUCGUUGGACUGAUGAAAUGUCAACUAAAGAACAAACUCAGGAUUUGGAUAAGGCUCUGAUAAAGGUGCGACGCAAGAAUAAUUCUAAAAGACCAGUGCAGAGAAGUGCUUAGCAGUUAGCACUCCAUUACCCUUUUCAUUCUUUUAGGAUGUAGCUCUCUUAUUCUCCGAAUCUGCGUAUAGCUGGCAACUAUCCUUUCUAAACCUUUGGACACACUCUGAGGGAGGGCACCAGGGUGGUGGACAGGCUCGCCAAACUGGGUGUGGAACAAGAUUGUCAUAUUGUGACUCUCCUCAACCUGUCUGAGUCAAUUCCGUGUGAUUAUUGACGCUAACUCAUUGGGAUUUCCCUUUGAGAAGCCUUUGUUUUUGUUUUUGUUUUUUUUUUGUUUUUGUCUAUUUUUCUUCUGUACCGCAUAUGAGAAUGAAAUAUUAAGUCAUUGGUCCAUCCUUUGAAAUUCGAACCCAGACUUUCCAUGUUCUGUAGAAUGCUGUGGUUGGAAUCAUGUCUUUCUAUUUUUUCUCGGUUUGCAAUGCAAGGGUACCGGAGUAUCUACAUUAAGCAA